AUGGGCGAGAUCGAGGGGAAGGGCCGGCGGGUGCACCCGGCGCCGGCGCCGGGGCCGGACGCGCCCGCGGUGGAGCUCGCCAUGCUGCCCGCCACCCUGCUGGCGCUCGUGGCCGCGCUCACCGCCGAGGAGCAGGAGGUGCUCGCCUACCUGCUCUCUGGAGGAGCUGGCGGCGCGGCGGCGGGUGCUGGCGGGGGCCGGUGCAGGCGGCUCAACGGGCCGCACCAGCCGGAGAUGGGCUGCGGCUGCUUCGGCUGCUACAAGAGCUUCUGGGCCCGCUGGGACGCCUCCCCCAACCGCCACCUCAUCCACCGCAUCAUCGACGCCGUCGAGGAGGGCAACGGCGGCGGAGGCGAGGGGGCAGCCAAAGGAGCUGGAGGACCAGGCGGCGCCACGCGCCGCGGCCGCCGCCGCCGUGGCCGCGGCGGGCCGUGCGCCAUCGACGCCGCCGUCGAGGAGCACGGAGCCGCGGAGGCUCAGGCCGGGUGCGCGGAUGACCACCUGCAACCGCAAGGCUGCUGCGCGUCGGACGGCGGCGAGGACGGCGACUACGAGGGCGACGAGGACGACGGCGCGGACAGCCUCUACGGCGGCGAGGAGGCCCUGACGGACGACAGCGACUGCGCGGGCGCCAGCAACUCCGCCGAGAAGAGCGCCGUGGGCAAGCUGGUGCGCUUCAUCGGCGAGAAGGUGUGGGCCGCCUGGACCUGACCUGACCGGCAUCCUCCGCCGCCGCCGCCGCCGCUAGAACUUGUCGUAGAUUAGGGAGGAAGGAGACCAGCAAGAAGGUCAGUGAAACCAGUAGUAGUACUAGCAGUUGGGUCGUUUUGUCCAAGCAAGCAAGAGCCGCCGCUCUAUGCCCCUUUUGAUUUCUUGCAACUCUGAUGAACGAGCAGCCCCGAGGCUCCGGGUGGGGAUUGUGAAGGUCCAAUCCGACCAAAAUCUCCCCACAUCCAGGCCUCUCAUGUACCAUAUUUUUGCUCAUUUGGUUCAACAAGAAACAUUCCCCAUUUCCACUUUC